UUUUUGUUUCUGUCCUUGUUCACCACAUGCUUUGCCCAGAACGUCAACACGUUGUUGUGUUUGGUUAGGUGUUUCUUUAAAUGAAAGUAUAGUGUUAUAAAGUUUAUUGAAGUUUGUCGUUUAAUUUACACUGAGGCAAUGGGAAAGAAUAAGAAGGGUCCCAAAAAGGGCCUAUCAGAUGCUCGGAAAAAAGCAGCACCCCCUAAAGCCUUGAAUCCCUUUGAAAUUCAUGUGAACAGACAGAAGUUUGAGGUUUUAGGAAGGAAAUUAAAAGCUGAUCGAGGAUUACCUGGUGUAGCACGUGCCAAAGCAUUGAAAAAGCGUAAAGCUACUCUCCUUCAAGAAUAUAAACUUAAAGACAAGAGCAACAAAUUUCUUGACCGUCGUAUAGGGGAAAGCAAUUCUGGUAUGACCGCCGAAGAUAAGAUGACUGCCAGGUUUACAGCGGAGCGAAUGAGGUCGCAGAGCAGGAAAGCCAUGUACAACCUUGCUGAUGAUGAAGUUCUGACUCACAGAGGUCAAACUCUCAAUGAAAUUGAAAAGUUUGAUGAUCCCAGAAGCGACGAUGAAGAUGAUGAAAAUGAUUCAUUUCAGCCAAGUGGAAAUCUUGAUGCUAAAUUUGUGCGAGAAGCUCACUUUGGUGGGGGACUUUUGUCUCGUGUGAGUGAGGAUGGGGCAGAUAGCAGGAAAGAUUUGAUCGACAAACUUAUAUCAGAAUCAAAGAAACGAAAAGCAGAGCAACAAAAAACAAAGGAACAAACACUAGAUUUGACAGAGAAAUUAGAUUCAACUUGGAAAGACCUGUUACCUGUUAUGACCUCUGCAGCAAAGGCAUCAGAAGUUGAAAAACCAAAGCCUGAUUCCUACGAUACAUUAAUGAGGGAGUUGAAAUUUGAGGCUCGAGGAAAGCCAUCUGAUAAACUUAAAACUGUUGAUGAAGUGGCACGAGAAGAGAAAGAGAAGUUAGAAGAAUUAGAGGCUGCACGACUUCGACGUAUGCAGGGCAUUACUGAGCCAUCAGAAAAUGCAGCACGUAACCAUCGUAGUGCUGAUGACCUGGAUGAUAACUUUGCAAUGGAUCUUGAUGAAGAUGAAAAUGAGAAUGAUUCUGAUGAAAAUGAUACAGAUGAGAAGAAAGGUUCAGAAAUGGAUGAUGAGGGCUUGGAAAAUAAUGGCAGUGAUGAAGAUGAAGAGGGUGAAGGGGGAAGUGAUGAUGAUGAAAGUGGUGAUGAUGAAGAUGAUUUGGAAGAUCUUAAAUAUGACUCUAGUGAUGAAGAAAAUGCCAAAGAUAACAUUUCUCUAGCAGAUGAAGAUGGUGAUGAUGGUAAUGACAGUGAUGAAGUCACCGAUGAUGAUGACGAUGAUGAUGACAGUGAUGAAGUCAUUGAGCCUAAGGGAAAAAAGCAAAAAUCACUCUUUCAUAUUGGAUCUGUUACUGACAAGAAAGGCAUGGAAUCUAAACAAAGUCCUAGUACUUCUAACGGGGCAAGUUAUAAGGUUGACAAGGCUGAAGCUAUAAGAGAGGACUUAAGGAAACGUAAAAAAUUAAUGGAGGCUGCAAGGAAAGAGUUACCUUACACAUUUGAAGUUCCAAGUGCAUAUGAAGAGCUUCGGAUAGCUUUAGCAGGACGUUCGCCUGAUUUUCAAGGUGUAAUUGUUGAAAGAAUGAUCAAGUGUACACACCCUAGUUUGGGAAGUGGAAAUAAAGAAAAAUUGGCUCAUCUGUUCACACUUCUCAUGCAACAUUUGCAUGACGCUGGUGCGGCUGAUGAAGAUGAAAAUGUUUGCUGGGCAGUUUUGGACAGACUAGCACCGUCACUCUUUGAUAUAACUCAGUGGUGUCCUAAUGAAAUUGCUCAGUGUCUUAGGCAUGUAAUACAAGAGAAACAGCAAGAAUAUCGCAGCAGUAAGAAAAAGUUCCCAGGAGUAGAAACUAUGUUAUAUUUCAAGUUGAUAUCCCUCUUGUUUCCCACAUCUGACUUCAGGCAUCCUGUAGUUACACCUGCAUUGGUUUUCAUGGGUCAGAUAUUAUCUAAGUGUCGAUUGGAAACUCGCCAAGAUGUGGCAAGAGGAUUGUUACUAGUCUCACUUUUCCUUGAAUACACAUCCUUAUCAAAUCGUUUCUCCCCCGAAUCUGUAAAUUUCCUUCGAAAUAUACUAUAUCUGUGUUCUAAGUUCCCCUCCACCCUGAAGAUUACCAGCAGAGCCAAGCUUCCUGAAGUCCGAUGUAUUCCUCCUCUCAGGCUUCUGCCUCAGCCCUCUCUGUCAUUGCGGCCAGCAAUGGAUGACAAAUCUUCCAAGACGUGUGACCCUGAUGACAGAUUAAAAGCAAGUGAUUUAAUUGGUAAAGCACCAGUAGAUGAUGAGUUUUGUUUAACCACAUUACUUACUUCAUUAAGAAUGUUAUCAGUGAUGAUAUCGCAACUAACUUCUCAACCUGCCUGUAGACACAUUUUUAGCCCCUUCACCCCUCUUCUAGAAAGUUUAAUAGAGGAAAAGUGGGUUCCACAGAAAGUAAAGGAAGAAAUCAAGAAGGUGCAGGAACUACUACUAGCAGUGAAGAAUACAAGUCUCAAACUGAUAGCAGCCGCUCCAAAACGGCCGACGCCGCUUAAGCUCUUUGAGCCAAAAUUAGAGCAUGUAUAUGCUGAUGGGAAGCAGCGGCGUCCUAUGUCAAAAGAGAAACAAGAAAGUCAGAAGCUUCUUCAUCGUUACAAGAAAGAAAGAAAGGGUGCUCUACGAGAAAUUCGCAAGGAUCGUGAUUUCCUGUCUAAGAUUAGGAUGAAGCAACAACUGAAAAGUGAUGUUGAACGUAAAGAAAAGGUCAAACGAAUUUUCAGCGAAGCCUCUAUCCAACAGGGUGAAAUUCGGAAGUUCUCAAAGAAAAAGUGAAAAGCUAAAUGGUUUUUCAAAUGAUAUGAAAUGUCUAUGUUUUGUUAAAAUGAAGUAUAUGACAAAUCACAUAGUGCCAAGCUGCAUAUUGUUAGACGUAAUCAGUUUAUUAAUAAAAGAAAGAAAAGAGAUACCAGCA